AUGACAAAAUUGGUUGAGGAGACGGUUUUGAAGUUGGAAGACCUAAAAGUUGCAAUAGGAGUGUUGAGGAGGUUUUAUUCAUGUACAAAUGGGCUCUUGACUACUUUCAGACUCACAUUCAACUACACAAAUAAUAAGCCGAAGACGAUCUUCGUGUCUUCCAUCACUAGCGUCAAAAUUUCAAACAGCUUUUUCAAGGAGUAUAUAAUGCUACAGUGUGGGUCAAUUCGGUACUUUAUAUCCUGUUCGGAUAAUAAUAAGUUAUAUUCUGAGCUGUUGAGAGUAGUUAAGCUUAACGAGACAACAACAGUACUGAACUCACCAAGAACAGUGGAGACAAGUGUUGAAUCACCAGAUUCAAAUACAUUAUCAGUACCAGGAAUCUCGAGAGUUUUAGAAAUUCAGCGUGAGAAGAUUGAGGAAUGUGAAGAUCUUUGCACAGCAACUACUGAACUCAGCGCCUUGAAGAAUAAAUGUAAAUUGGUCAAGGAAGUUCUGGUAAAAGUAACGAAAUACGACCAGGAAGGGUUUAACGCAACAAUUGAUAGAGUUUUUAAGAGUCUGGGUGUUGAAGUAUUUUCCCAAUCAGAUAAUCAAGAUAACUCAAACAUUCCUUCAAACAGUUGCACAAACAGUGACUCAGACAGUGAUCAGGAAGUAUUAAACCAGCUAAAGAAAAUUUUAUCACUACUUUUAAGUAAAAACGAGUCUAUUUUGUUACAUGAAUUUUAUGUAGCAGCUAAUAGACUCAUGUUAACGGACCUGUUAUCACCAUCUCAGCUUGUGAAGUACGUCAACAGACUAGAAAAAGAUUACUUAUGUAAGUUAAACAAGGUAGGAAAUGUAUAUCUGAUAACAAAAAACCAUGAAAAGAUUAGUGAAGAGGAGUUUUGUAGUGAUCUAAUUGGGAUAUUAAACUCAGGACCCACAGAUUUAAUCAAAUACUCAAAGGAAGCAAACAUAUCAACAACACUCGCACAAGUUAAGCUUAACCUUGCUGAGCAAAUAGGAUUAGUUGUGAGGGACGAAACAAUACAAUUGACAUACUAUUACAUAAAUUCAUUCAAUUAA